AUGUGUCCUAACAAAACUGGACCAGGAAGUAGUUGCGUUGAUCAAAUAUUCAUGCCAAGAAGGGUGUUAGAACAUCACUUAAAUAUCAAUAACCUAUCUACCGUCACAUGUUUCAGUGAUUUCACAGCUGCCUUCGAUUCAAUUGAUAAAGUAGUGCUUUGGACGAUGAUGGAAUGUGACGGUGUUUCAGAGAAGAUCGUUCGGCUCAUAAAGGCAUUUUUCCAGCUUAUAUUGGCAUAUUUGUGUAUAUGGGGAGCCACUAGACUCUUUCGAAAUAAGAACUGGUAUUCAACUAUGACAGAUUGGAAAAUGGACAUCGUUUGCCGAUACUCAACAGGUAUGCAAAUCAGUCCAGAGUACCAUAGAGCACCUUGA